GGAAUUUAACACCGAAGACGUCAACAAAAUAUUAGGCACUUUUAUUAUUCUUAUUCAUGCAAUUUGAGGAAGUUGGUUCAGGUGAUAUACUUACUGGGGUAAAGCUCUUUGAGUACCUUUUUAAAAAAAAUGAAUCUAACCUCGAAGACGAGCGGACUAAGAUACAAGAAUAUACUAGGCUCAAAGAAACACUUAGUUCAAUCACUAACCAAAGCCGUAGACAAGUAUUAGCACCUGUUGCGGAAGGUUUAGCUUACUUUGAUGCUGAACUCAUUAGCACCAACAAUAUACUUGUGUUACUUGGCGAAAAUUGGUUUUCCGAGAGGAGUGCGGUACAAGCCGCAGCCAUAGCAGAGCGCCGCCUUGACUUUUUGAGGCGUGAGGUAAAGGUAUUGGAGGAGGAGAAGAGGGUUCUUCAACAGCGGCAAGAAAUGUUUACCUCUGAGAUUCCCGAGGCCAACAUAGCUAUGGCGAAACUGAUGAAGAAAACAGAAGAAGGCCUUUCAGAGGCAUUAAUGACGUCUCAUGGGUUCCGUGGUGACGCCGAGACACCUAAAAAUUCAGUUAAUAUCACAGCGAAAAAGGAAUCUGCUGUUCAAGAGCUUGAUCGGGCUGUUGCUGACAAUCCAGAACUUGCUGUAUUUGAUGAGCAGGACGAACUUACAGAGGAGGAGCUGUCGGAGCUUGAAAAAGAAUUGGGUGGCAUGCUCGAUAAUGAUGAGAUUGUUGAGCGAAUACUGACUGCUCGUAUGAUUGCCAAAAAAGAAAAACGCAUUAAAGCUGAGAUGAGUCGAACCGAAUCAUCUACAAUGGUUCCAUAUUUUCGAACCGAUAAUGCAUUAAUGUGUGAGCAAAACACAAAACAAUCAUCUCAGCAUAGUCAAAGUGAGCAUUGUACAUCACCAGAGCUGAAGGCCUCACCUUUGAGUUGUGCCUUCUCUUCCCCCGCCGAUAUAGGCUUUAGGGAAUGGAGUGCAGGGCCAGAAGUAAAUUUGACAGGUAUAGCAUCUUCAUCGCCAAUAGAGAAGGCUUCAACACUGACCCCAAUCUCGAUAAUGAGUAAAGGAGAUUCUUUAUCUAAAACUAACAGACGAGUUACAUUUGCUAGUGAAUACACAAAUCCUAGUAAUAAUUCUUCUAGUUCGUUGAAAUUGUCAACCUCAACUUCCAUGCGGGGUGAUAAUUUUAAAGACGAUGAAGUUAUGACUAAGCAGUUUCAUUCAAAAGAAGGCUCUAUUCAUGAUGCUCCUGUUCCAGAAAGAAGAUCUCUUGCAAUAGGUGACAUUGUAGAGUGCGAUGUGAAUCCAGAAUCCAAUUCAGUGCCUGUUUUGGGCUCUAUGUGUAGGACCACAAGUUCAAAAACGCGCAGUUCCUUAUUUAAGCGUCACUUGGAGGGCAAAUUUGAUGAUGGAGUCUAAACGCCAUAGAAGGAAUAGUAACAGUUUUGUUAGAAACCUUUUCGUCUUCUGAACUUCAAUAUAUCCUUUUAGGUGUUUUAAUCAUAUAAUUCUAUAUCAGUUUAAUUACUUUCUUAUUUUUUUCAAACUCUUAGCAAUAAUGAACUCAUGUUGAGGGGAGUUAUUUACAAGAUGGUGUAGACUGUGGAAUAUAGAGUCAGAUUAU